AUAUCAUUGGCUUUUUGCGAGUCAUCAAUGGGGACAACUUAGACACUCAGACACCCAUGGCUACUGCCCCAGCACCUGCUGGUGAAAGAUCAAAGGAUAUGGUCUUCUUGCAUGUCCAACUUGAAGACGGCAAGACAGCUCGUGUUUAUCUAUGGGACAAAAUUGCUGCUGCUUUCCGAAGUAGAUGGAAUGAUAGCAAGACAAAACCGUCAGUAAUCUUGCUCACCACUCUCAAUUCAAAAACACUUGGAGGUGUUGUUACCCUAAGCUCCACAGCCUCCACACGCCUCUUCUUUGACUCGGACAUCAUUGAGACAGAAAAAUUAUUAUCAAGGUUUGAAGCUGAUGGAAAAAUCCCACCAACUGUCAACAGGUCCUCUGCUGCAGUUACUAAAGUGGAGACAGUGACAUUGAAAGAAAUUCACAAAUUCUUAGAAAAUGAGUCACCACAGGUCGCUAGCUUCAUUUGCACUGCAACAAUAAUGGAUGUCAUGGAAGAAUAUGGUUGAUACUUCAUCUCCUGCACCGCCUGAAAGUGGCAACUUGAAAGGUCAGAAACAACUUUCAUUUGCCCUAAUUUCAAGUGCAAGAAACCAAACACUGUCGGGCUCAUCAAGUUAGGUUCAUUUAAAAACAGAUACAGAAAACAUAUGCUAACGCACAUAACUAACGAGCUACCAAACUUCAAUCUGAUUACUCAUUUUGAUCUAUCGUAUGUGGUAUAGAUACCGGUUCGAGGUUAAAGUUUGCGACGACAGUGGCAAUGAAGGAACCUUUGUCAUUUUCGACAAAGAAGCACUGAAACUGGUGGUAAGACAGGCACCUGACGUCAUGAAUGAGAUGAGUGAGGUAAGAACAAUCGAAAAGUUUAACAGAGCUUAUGUGUCAGUCUAACUAAUCA